AGCCGACUCUUUCUUCGGAUGGCUGAGUUGUUUCUAGAUCCUGCCAUUCGAUCUUGGGUGUUCCUUCCUCUUGUCAUUAUCACAUUUCUGUUUGGCGUUAUCAGGCAUUACACCACGAUCUUGUUCGCCAGUGAAAAGAAACCUGAGCUAACGACUAUCGGCGAUAGAAUGCGGAAGUAUUUCUUCAAUGAUAAGGAGCAUGGUUAUUUGCGAACUCAGAAACGUGAAAAUGUCGCCGGUAACCCCAUGACAGAUCCAUCUAUGGCGUCGGAAAUAUUGAAAGGGAAUGCUCUAAACAUGAUUCCCAUGAUUGUCAUCGGCAGCUGGAUUAAUUGGGCAUUCUCCGGAUUUCUUACAACAAAAGUCCCUUUUCCGCUGACGUAUCGCUUCAAGCCAAUGCUGCAGCGUGGCUGUGAAUCGCUAACAUCUUUGGAUGCAUCUUGGGUUAGCUCGGCCUCCUGGUACUUCCUGAAUAUUUUCGGUUUACGGAGUAUGUACGGACUGGUGCUUGGUUCAGAUAAUUCGGCGGAACAACCCAUGUUCUUAGCUGAUCACGCACCGCCUGCUACUCAAGCUCCUCAGGAUAUGCAGAAAGCAUUCAAAGCGGAAUGGGAAGCCUUAGAAUUGGUGGACCACCAAUGGGCUCUGACGAACUGUGAAAUGUGUCUCAUAACUCAACCUCAUUGA